GGUAUUUCCAGUUGUCCAAGGCAGGCGUGCAAAGAUUUAUUUAAUUCAUUUAUAGGUUUACCAAAGUUUCAUUAUAUGAAGAGGACAUAAAAUGGAUAGCUGUGUGAAAAACCAAAACAAAACAUCAUGUGAAAGUGGGGAAGUUCAUGAGAACUGUUCUUUGGGGAAGGAUAUGACCCCUGACCUAGUGGUAAGGGUCAGCGGAAGAGACUUCUACUGCAACAAGAAGCAGAUGAUGGGGAGCAGUGAGUUUUUUCGAGGCAUGUUUGAAAGUGAAAUGAAGGAAGCCAAUUCUGACUGUGUUCAGAUUGAAGAAGCAGACAUUGAAACCAUGGCAGCUGUAAUCAGAUUUUGUGAGACAGGAAGGUUGGAGUUAUCUGUUGAUAAUGUCCACCAGGUGGCAGAACUUGCUUCUAAAUAUCAGGUAUCAAAUCUUAUUGGGAAGUGCAGUAUCUUUUUACGGGAUUUCAUUCAUGAUGAGAACUGCUUUUCUACAUUGUUUUUUGCGGAUACUUUUUACCUUAAGGAAGCUUAUAGUAAAGCCAGACAUUAUGUACUCUGGAACUUUAUGAAAUUACUCCAUCAAGGAGAGUUUGUUGAAAUGGAGACCAGUCAGUUGAGGAGAAUAAUAAGUGAUCCUCAGCUUAAUGUAAAGAGUGAGCUCGAAACCUUGAAAGCAUUGAUGUGCUGGAUCAAUCAUGACAUGGAAAGAACUGGCUCACUUCCAGAGCUUCUCAUGGAUGUAUUGGAGUUUUGUAAUGAAAAAGACAUUGAAAUGAUAAUGGAGAGCCCAGAUGUUUCCAAGAAUUGCAAAGACCUUUUAUCAGAUCUCGGUGGUGAAAAAAGUCGAAACUGUAGUAAGAAGAAGCGCUUUAUACCUCAUCACCUGAUAUCAGUUGGGGUCCAUAUUGAGGAUGAUGAUAUUUCUGGAGAAACAGAUUCCCAGGAUCUACCCAGACAGAUAGUGUCCUAUGAUGUUGAUACUGGUCACAUCACACCUUUUACUAAAGUGCCAGAUGGAUGCUUAAUUUCCCAUGAUGCUUUGCUUGCGAAAAAGGGAUACAGUGUUUGCACCCAAGGUGAGAAAAUCUUUGUUAGUGGUGGUGAAGAUAGACUGGGGAAAAACACUUGGAUGAUGCAGAUUUGGUGCUACAAUAAUUUUGAAAAAUCUUGGAGCACAGUUGCAGAGUUGCAGAAACCCAGACGGCAUCAUGCCAUGUGUGUGUCUGGUGAUUCCUCAUUACUGCUUAUGGGUGGAUUUGGUAGAUUCAGAUACCGCUUGAACUCUGUACAGGAAUAUGAUUACCACACAGGUGAAUGGAGUGAUAGGGCCCCAAUGCCAGAGAAGAUGGUUAAUAUCUGUGCUUGUCGUUGUCACAGCUAUGUAUUUGUUGUAAAGACUGGCUCCAUUUCAUCUCCUUUGUCAUACAACACUGCUCUAGACCAAUGGACUUGCCUUUCUUUUAACACCACUCUUGGAGAGCUGGCAUUUGAUGCUAAAAGAAUAUGGAUGAUCCCAGACAGCAACUUUAUUUUCAUAGGAAUGGACAAUGUACAUACUGUUUUUAAAAUUAACAUAAUAACAAAUGAAAUGCAGGAAUGCUCAGUGGUCAGUGACAAUGGAAGGAAAAGACAGCCAAGUUAUGAUGUCUCAAAAUUAGAUCCCGAGAAGUUUAGUGAAAACUGUGAAGUGAUAAAAGCAUUGAAAAAUGUGUAUCACCUUGACGCUAAUUUAGAGAAAGACAAGUUAUGGAAAUUGUUCAGUUUCUUUGUAAGAAAUGAAAUUCUAGCUGUUCCAUCUUUUCCUGGUUUAAUUGAUGUAAAAUAAACAAAAUUGCACAAUCUUUU